AUGAAGUCCAGCCUUUCCACUGUCCUCCUCGCCUCGAUCGCGAGCACGACCAUCGCGGCCACAGCAACAAGCACGAUUGACCCAGCCGAAGGCCAGAAAUUCUUUCUUGUGGCCCAGUUCUACGGCCAGUCUACAAACUACAACCCCGCCGCAGGGAGCUUCUGCGUGAGCCCUCAUCCCAAGAACAACGAACAAGCGAGCAACAUUGUCAAAAACUGCCAGUCUCAGGAAUCAGAAUUGUACAGCUUCAAGGGCGGCAAGAUCUUCUACGACGGCUCGACUACGCGUCCGGGGACAACAUGGACGCUUGCCGCAGACCCGGGCCUGCUGUCUGACUCGUGGUGGGACGUCACCUGGAAUGCCAAAGCCUCAGGUACAGAAAUGACCUACUCUUUGUCGAUGGGGUUCAUGCACAAGGGGAACGACACCCAGUCAGAGAACGGGUUGCGCUUCAUUGCGUGCAGAUGGGCACACAACCUCAAUUGGCAGCUCUUCGCGCUUACGAAGGAUGGCGCGACACCCAUUCCAACGAAUUGUGAGAUUGUGCGCUUGUACAGAGGGUGCUCUUACCGGAGCAGUGGAUGUGCAAAGAACCCGUUUUGA